AUGAGCACCCGCGCGGAGCAGGGUCAGGACCUAAUGGUGUCGGGUGAGGCGCGAGAAACAGCAGCACAUCAGAGAAAUGCGGUUCUCCAAGGGCUGGUGGUGGAAGGUGACCCUGCAGGUCGAGCCGCGAGGCGCUCCGGUGGUGACGACGGCGGGGCCCGGUCAGAUCCGGGCGGAUCUCGCCGGGGUAGAUCCAUUUUCAGCAGAUUUUUCAUGGAGGCGGACGGAUCCGGCGAGAUUGAGGGUCGACGGCUUCAGCUAGAUCACUCCCUCAUGGUGACAGAAGCACGCUCACGUCGGUCGCCGCCCUGCGCUCCGCACGCUCGCCCCGGGCCACCGCGCCGCUCGCCCACGCGACGCUCCCCGCGCGUCGCGCCCCACUCGGCCAUCACGCCACUCACCCAGCACGCUCGCACGCCGCUCCCCGCUCGUCCACCGCAUCGCUCCCCGCCUGGCUUCCCCGAUUACGAUAGGAGCGAGGGCUUGGCCAGCCCGGACUCCCCGCUCGCCUUCCCCGAUGACGACAAGCACGACGAGGCAACGGUGGAGGAGGACAAGGCCAAGGCCAGCGUACGGGACAAGGUGAGCCAUCGGGACGCCAGAUCGGCGGGUCGCCCGCCCGCCACCCUCCGCCAAUUCGUUCCGCUUCGAUUUGGAUUUGUUGAGAUGGAGCGCGUCACGAGCACCCCCGACUGCAUCCUGAGAUUUUCCGAAGAGUAGAAUCCCGGAAUCAGAAGCCGAAUCUCAAACAAAGGCCAUCUAUGUGUGGAGUUUAGCCCUGUUCUGCUGUAAGGAAAGCAUGACCUUCACAUAGGUGAUGCAAGCGGAACAAGCUAGACUCGCAACGUCUGUUUUCACGCAUCUUCUCCAACAAAUAUUACCCUCAUAAGGUUGUUAGUAUUAUAUCAGUAUACUUCUUCGGCCUUUCCAUAUGAGGUGAAUCAAGGUAACCUAUAUGAUGUAGUGAAGGAUAAACUACCCUCCCCCGUGUUGUUUCUGGAUAUGUUAUUUUUCAGUGAAUUACUACUCAAGCAUUGAUUUAA